AUGCUUGCUUCGGCGCCGCCUGGGCUGGAACUCACAACCGCCCCGUCCUUUACUCCUCCAUCGGAUGGUUUGCAAGUGGGAGCAGGUUCCAGUCUUACGGCGAAGGACAGCGCGGAACUUUCUGAGCUUCUACGUCGACACAGGACAUUCGAGAACCUCGAGAACCGCUGUCUGCGGGAGAUCUGCCGCUCGACGCAGCUGCUGUCCGUUGACCAAGGCGAUUACAUCUGCCGAGCUGGUGAGGAGUCAACUGCCUUCAUCCGGAUUAUCGAAGGCACGGCUGCAGUGGUAUCGCCGAAGGGUGUGCGGCAGCUGCUGCACGAGGGCAGCGCGAUCGGAGAAGAUGUGUUGCUGGGCUCGCAGGAGUUCUGGCCCUUCAGUCUUCGUGCCGAGAGUGACGUGAGAAUCGCAUGGUUGGAGGCUUCAGUCUUCAAAGAGGUCUCCAUGGACCUCUCGGGCCAUGCCGCAGCUCGGCGCCGAGUUCUCGAGGUGGAUUACCUGGUAGAGGUGUACCUGGACGUCGCAGAGGCGACAUCAGGCCUUCCAUAUGCCACUUUGCUCGACAGAACUCGUGAGCUUCCCGUAUGGUGUGCCCAAGGUACGGAAUUUCCCUGGCAAAUGUUCGGCCUCUUUGUUAUCAUCUUGGGCGCUUAUGCAAUUGCCUUGUAUGGCUGCUGGGAUGUGGCAGCUCGAUUGGAUGUGCUGGCAGAGAGGUCUGGAAAUGUGAUGAACCUCACCGGCAAAGCAACAGGAAUGGUCGAGACUGAGAUCAAUCGCACACUCUAUGAGGGAGAUCGUGCUAUGGUAAGAGGGCUGAAUCUGCUGCAGCAGGAGGCGGAGCAGGCUAAGGAGGAAUCUGCAAGACUGGAGCAGGCUUUGAAAGAGCUUCUUGCAACAGCGGCUGCGGAAUCGAAGAGUGCUGGCGGUGACUACGAGCACGCAAUGUACUUGCUCGCAGCACAGGAGCUGCGAUUGGACCAGAUGCGACGAGGACUGAAGUCUGUAGCAUAUCCUGCAGAAGGCAAAGAAUUUCUAGACUCGCUCGGAAGCAUGCUAUCCGUGGUGUUCCCACUGGCAGACCUGCUGCCCGGCCACCAGGUCGCAUAUCUGAGCAUCAAGAGCGGUGCGGACAAGCUCGCUGAUCUUCGAUCCGAGUUUGCGAAGACCAGGAGCAUGUUGGCCUCCUUGGAUGACUCAGUGGACGAGCUGGAUCAGCGAUGUCGCGACUUUGUGUCCAGUGUGCAUAUUCUGGCCUCCAAAAGCAUGGCUCCCAACUACCAGCAAGCGGUCACUGAAUCGCUGGGGAAUAUGUCCGACAGUGCCACCAUGACAAACUUCACUACUUUCGAGAAGUCUGAAAGCAUGAGGAAGCUGCUGCAGAUGGACCUGGUCCGAAGCUUUGACCAGUUUGGAGAGACCGAGAAGAAGGAUAUAAUGCGUGACGCUGCUCGUGUUCACGAGGUGACGGUGAACCUGACCGGCAUAGUCCAGGCGAGAGCAGCUGAGCUCUUGGAUGAGGUGUUGGUUAUGCUGCGGAUGACAUCCAAACGAAUGCAGGCAGAUCUUGAUUCGGUGCAGAGCUAUGCCUUCACGGUGGCCAUUCUUACCGAGCGGGCCGUCAAAGACAUCGCAGACUUCUACCGCUGGACUGCCAUGUUUUUAGUGGCCGUGGCUGUUGGAAUGGCACUGGUGGCGUUCAGCUACGCCUGUUAUCUAGAGUAUGUUUACGAGAACAACGGAAUUGCGCGAGCCUUUGAGUCUGAUCCAGCAGUAAGGAAAGGUUGCUGCUGGAGCUGUGUGACUUGCGUGGGACAUGUCUUCCACUACACAGGCUUCUUUUCGCUCGUUCUGCUGCAGGAUGCCGUCUCUCUUGGCAUGGUCUUCAUGACCUUGAUUAUGGGCACGGUCAGCCUCGCCCAAGUAGGUGUGGCCAAUGGCUGUGAUGGAGUGCCGCUUCUGUCAGAGGAUGCAUCGUGCACAGCCAGCAUGCAGAACGUGAGUGCCUUUGUUGCAGCAGACGUGCUCUACCCGGCGACAUCCUGCAGUCAGGCCAACGUCUUGAUCUGCGAGAACCUACUCACUGACAUGUCGCUCGUCUACCGAACCCUGAUGGCCGCCAUCAUCGGCACGGUGGUGCCAUGGCAAGGAAUGGAAGGGGGUGCAAGUAGCGAAGCUGUGACAAUCCUAGACGUCGUGCUGCAUUCCACGUCGCCUCCUGGUGGUUCUGGCAGAUCUCGAAAGAAAUGCAAAAUCAGUCGCAAAGCCACCAGAAACAGCUUGACAGCGAAAAGAUUGGCUCAUGCUUUCGCUGUGAAAUUUCCUGAGUGUGCCGCUUCCGACAGGGACCUCAGCAGCCAGGAUGUGGACCUUCUUCUGACGGUCAUGAAGGUUCCCUUGUUUCAGUCCUUGGAUCAUGACCAGCGCGUGGAGGUGGCCAAGGAGGUCGAGCUGCAUCGAAUAUGCCAAGGAGGAGUUGUUGAGUUGCCAAAGAGCGACUCAAUCCCUUUCUUCCUUGUGCUCAAGGGCAUCGUGGGCCGAUAUGAAGCAGAAGUGACUGCUUCACCCGAAUCUGUCGCAGAGGAGAUAUCUGUGGAAGCACCUUCUGGACUGGAAGAAAAGCUUCGCGCGGAGGAGGAGCGAGAAGAGUCUUGGCGGCGGCUGGAACAGGGCACAGCCGAGUGGGCCGAGCUCCGCGAGAGGAUACGCAUGCGGCCGCUGGAUGUCAGCUUGCAGGAGCGGCUUCGCUUUCACUCGCUGAAGAUUCAACUCGAUCAGCUAAGGGCAGAGCUUACGGAAGAGGAACCGGUCCCAGAAGACAUGGAACCACCACAACAACAUGAGAGCCACUCCUGUAGUGGGACCUCUGCUGCUUCAGACAUGCAGAAGGCCGCGGACGAGCCAACAACGGGUCACUUUGGUGUGUUCCUCACGAUGCUGAAUCCAGGUGAUGCAGAUGCUGCGAGCAUCAAUGGUGAGAUCGCUGAUAAUGCAAAGGAGGAGCACCAUGACGAAGUUCUGGCGGAGUUCUAUGAGGGGGACUUCUUUGGUGGUUGGGUCACGAUUGUCGGACCAUCACUCUAUCGUGCACACAAGGACGUUGUGCUUCUCAGCAUUUCAGAGGAAGCCUGGGAGGAAGCCCUUGAGCGCUGCGCCGCGACACGUCAUGCUGCGCGAGGUGAGCUGUUGCGCAACUGCUUGAGCGGUAUCGAUGACGAGACUGUCGAGAAGUUGCUACCGCACUUUAAAGAGGAGACUCGGCCGAAGGGCUCGGUCCUGGUGAAGGCUGGGCAGCUGAGCUCGUCUUUGUGGCUCAUCGCUGGAGGCCGAUGCUCUCAGGCGGCAGCAGCUCCAAAGCCUCUGCACGAGGAUCGGCCAGCAACAGAGGGGAGGAACAGGGAAAAGCAUGCCUUGGCUGCGCCGAAGACGAAGCGCAGGUUCUUCAGUGCCACCGUGGAGCUGGGUUUGCUGGAGGUCGGCCAGGCUGUAGGGCUGACCACGAUUGUUUUGCAACAGGCGGAGCCACUCACUGUGACGGCAGCGUCGCCGGAGGUGAAGCUGCUACGGGCAGACAACCUGCCACAGGCAAAGCUCACGCCCAAGGUUCUGGAGGCUCUUCGCUUGGCUCUGCGGGCGAAGAGCAGUUGGUUGCUGCAGCGCUUCGAGAGCCUCUCCGAGCUGCCAGCAAAGCUCAGCCGGAAGGCUGAGAGGAUGCAUGAAGAACUGGAGCGAGCAAAGAUUCCGCUGGUGAUUGACUCGCCCUUCCUCCGACGUCGAGAUCAAGCUUUGCUUCCAGGUAUGGUGGCUUUGGAAGCAGUUUGCAAGCACUUCGGCAACGACGUGCACCCGGAGUCAGAAUGGAUCUACAUGCAUCAGGAGCGCGACUUCUUCAUGCACAUGCACCUCUCACACGAGGAGCAAGGAAGCCGUAUGCCGGUCCCGGUCAAGGCUUCCCAACAAAGUGAGCCUGUUCCGGGGCCGCAGGGGACAUCGACUAUGGUGGCCAACGCACGGUUUGUUCAUCAUCGACCUCUGCUUUGGAAGACCUUCCGAAUGAACGACGAGGUCAUGAUGGCACAGGAGAGCUCAGCGUUUUCGAAGCGGCCGGAGGUGCCGGACAUGCCUGUUGCUGACCGACCAUGGUCAGCAGGCGACGCCCUUGUGCCGGUUGGAAGCUCCGCAACGCCAAUGCCGCAUGAAGGCUCACUCCAGAAGCCAGCCACACCUGUCCCUGCGAAGAAGGUCGUGACUUUCAGCCAUCUGAAGGACUCAGCUGUUUCGGUGAAGGAUGAGGCGGUGAACCGGCCUAAGCCGUCUACACCAAGGACUCCCGAAGCGGCUCCGGGAGAGGGUUUCAAGCGGAGGCCGCAAAUCAAGCUUCGCUCCAACUCACGCACCUUCCAGAUGAGUGGCAUCGAGGUCGGCAUCAAUGAAAAGCGCGCGGUGAAGGAGGCGAAAUCCAAGGCACAAUAUACUGCAUCUCGAGAGCCGUUGGUUACUCCACGAGAUGUGCCAGGAGGUCAGCGCACGACUGCACGGCAGCGGGCUGCUUCGGCUAGAAAAGUCACCGCCGCAGUUGCUGCGCCGGGCCCCGCUGGCUGUGAAGAAAGCAAGGCCAAAUCCGAGCAGGUCAAGGCGAAGAAGAAGCCGGACAUGCCCCGCAAGAGCGUCCAGCCGGCCGAAGUCUUUGAAGUUGUGCUUCCGCAGCAAGCGGUGGACUCAGCCAGCUUCCCCUCCUUAGACAGCAUUGGUGUCGUCCGGCGCUUGAGUGGGCAGGAGAGUGAGCUGAGUGUGACACCACAGGUGUCACUAGGUGGGACAACGCUUCAGAUCCAGCUCAUCCAUGAAGGUGAUGCCCAUCUGGAUUCGGUGCUCCUGGCCGCGCAGGAGCAUCAGCAGGCUUCGCAGAGCUUCUCGGAGAGCGAGGCCACCGUGCAGUCCGAGGAAUGCUUCCAGAGCCUCGCGUUGAGACGGUCAGAAGCUCCGCCCAGCGCUGCGCUCCCGCCUGGGAGCGCUCCCAGCUGUCGCCCAGGUAUCCCGCCGGCCGUCAAGCAGACCGUGCCCUCUCCGCGCAACUUGCCGAGCCUGCAAUGGCUGCAAGACUUGUUGAGACGGACAGUUCUCAUGAACGGAGAGGACGUGCGCAUUGGUGGCCUUGUCGUGCAGCGCUUCAUUCCUUGCCUUCGGCCGCGGCUUCUGGUCUUGACCGACCUGCCUCGACUUCUCGUGCUCGACAGUCGUGGUCGUACAGUACUUCGAGAUGUCGAUCUUGCUGACAGUGGAGGCACUACGAGGCAAGAGAGCAUGGCUGAGAGUCUCCAUGACAAGGCUUUGAAUCAGAAGUCCCACACCGACUUCGAAAUCAGCCUUGGCCGCUGUCGUCUUCGCUGUCGUGACACUGACCUGGGGGCCGAGACCUGGCUUGAUGAGCUUUCGUCGGCACGGCAGCGAGCGACAAUGAGUCUCCACCAAAGUGUCCUUGACUGA